AGGCAGUGAUGACGACACAUCAUCAGAUCCCAACUGCACAAAUCGAAAGAAAAAAACUAGAACCGUUUUUAGCAGGCAACAGGUAUCUCAACUUGAACUUAUGUUUGACAUGAAACGGUAUCUCAGCAGCCAGGAGAGGGCACAGUUGGCGCAGAAACUCCAUCUCACCGAGACACAGGUAAAGAUUUGGUUUCAAAACCGACGUAACAAAUUCAAAAGACAGGCAGCUACGGAGGACCCAUCGGCAGCUUUACAGAUUCAUCGAGCUAAUCUUUUUGGUCCCACCUUAUGUACCAAUGAAAGGAUGCCAACGAUGGCAGCAAGGUAA